AUGAUUGUCCACAAUUCAAUUGACGUGGUUGAGCCCAAUCAAGAUCAAAUAUGUGCUCUUGAAUCCUAUCUCGGGCAGCUCCUUCAAAUGACGGUCAUGACAUCCCACAUUAACAGGGUGUGCAAGUUCCUUGAAAUGUCAGCCCUUGGGAUCCUCCUGUCUGUUAUUUAUCCCGAAGGAUACCAUGGUAAGGAAGGCUAUCUCUGGAUUACCAGUCGAACCGACCGAGACCCAAAACAUUCACGGCGCUGGGCAACAAUAAAAGCUGGCGUGUCUUGCGGGAUCGUGAAAAGGAAGACAAAACACGUUCCAAAAUGGUUCAUUGUGAGGGAGAGCUACAUUGUUUGUGUAAAUGAUCCCCACGAGUACGAUUUUUUUGACGUUUUCUUGGUCGACAGUCAGUUUGAGGUACAGCAUUCGAGGUUACAUGCUCGCGAGAGAAAGGCUGAACAUGCCAUCUGGUCUGCAGCAAAAAAACUAUCGUCUGGAAAGACCACUCUGGCCAUAAAGAACCUUCAGGGCGCUCUUUACUUAGGGGCUAAAGAUGAACGCCAAUCAAGAGAAUUUGAAAGCUCGAUCCAAAAAAUGGCCCGAGAGUCGGUCUGGUCUGGUCUUCAUCGAUUUGAUAGCUAUGCUCCAAUCCGUGAAGGCUGUCAGACAACUUGGUUUGUGGAUGGCCGGGAUUAUCUUUGGGAUGUUUCGGUAGCCAUUGAACACGCCAAAGAAUCAAUUUAUAUCCAUGACUGGUGGCUGGUAAAGUUCUCUACUCUUUACCUUCGGCGCCCUGCUACACAGUUUCCUGAGUAUCGUCUGGACCAAAUUCUCAAGCGCAAAGCUGAGCAGGGGGUCAAGAUUUACAUCAUCAUCUACAAGGAAGUCGCUGUGGCCCUUCCGCUAUACUCUCACUACGCAAAGAAGCACCUCACCUUGCUCUCAUCCAACAUCUACGUUCAGCGCCACCCGUCUCGCGCUCUAGAUGUUCUGAGCAAAAGCAACCUCUUAUUCUGGGCACACCAUGAGAAGAUCUGCGUCAUAGACAAUGAGAUUGCGUUUAUUGGAGGAAUCGAUCUUUGCUUCGGUCGCUGGGACACUCCUGCUCAUUCGCUAGUCGAUGAUAAUGACCCUUCUCUCAAGCCUGAUAACACUAGGCCGCAGAUGUGGCCUGGAAAAGAUUAUUCAAACCCCCGGAUCCUUGAUUUCCAUUCCCUUGACAAGCCCUUUGAAGACAAUAUGGAUCGAUCCAGACUACCGCGCAUGCCAUGGCACGACGUAUCCAUGAGAGUCUGCGGCCAGCCUGCGCGUGAUAUUGCGCGGCAUUUCAUCCAGCGCUGGAAUUUCCUGCGUCGUCGGAAGCAAACCGCACCUAAGCGACUGACCCCCCUAAUGGUCCCUGUGCCCGACACGGUUUCCUCGUUGUCGGCCAAGGACCCGCGGAUAUGCCAUCCCCAUACAUCGUCGUCUUGUUCUGUACAGAUCUUACGGAGUGUAUCCCCUUGGAGUAUUGGGUUUGCAAACCGAGUAGAACACAGCAUACAGAAUGCAUAUGUUUCGGCCAUUCACGACUCAGAAUACUUUAUCUAUAUCGAGAACCAAUUUUUUAUUACAUCGACUAAGCUUGGGUCAACAGUGAUCGAGAAUAAGAUUGGAGCGGCUAUUGUAGAGAGGAUUAUACGAGCCAAAUCAGAGGGUAAACGUUGGAGAGCCAUUAUCCUAGUCCCUCUCGUACCUGGAUUCCCCUCUAAUGUAGAUGAGGCCGAGGGAAGCACAGUGAGGCUAAUAAUGCACAGUCAAUACCAUUCGAUCAGUCGCGGUCCAGAUUCUAUCUUUGGUCGUCUUCGGGAGGCAGGCAUUAAGGAUCCUCAAGACUACCUUGUUUUUUAUGGCUUGCGAAACUGGGGAGAACUUAAUGGCCAGUUUGUUACUGAGCAAGUGUACAUUCAUGCCAAGGUGAUGAUCGUUGAUGACCGUACAGUUAUUAUGGGGUCUGCUAAUAUCAACGAGCGCUCUCAGCUUGGUAGCCGCGACUCAGAGAUUGCAGCCUGUGUCAAGGACACUGAGUUGAUAGAUGCGGUUAUAGGUGAUACUCCAAUCAAAGUAGGCCGAUUUGCACAAACUCUACGGCUUCGUCUGAUGAGUGAACACGUUGGAAUUGACGUGGAUAGUGUG